AUGACAAUGCAAGGAUUAAAUUUAAAAUGGAUUUCGCUUAUUGUUUUAAUUAGUCAAACAUCGGCUUUGGUUUUAUUACUUCGCUAUUCAAAAACGCAGAAAGUCGAUGGGCCAAAAUAUUUAUCAUCAACAGCGAUUUUAUCAGCUGAAUUUAUCAAAUUCUUCACUUGUAUUUUUGUUUUAAUGCAACAAAAUGAAUGGCAAUUUACUAGUGUAAAAUUGGAAAUUCAUCGAGAAUUUUUGAUUAAUUCAAAAGAGACAUUGAAAGUCGGUGUGCCUGCAUUUCUUUAUGUAAUUCAAAAUAAUUUGUUAUUUUUGGCACUCACAAAAUUGGAUGCUGCAACGUACCAGGUUACUUACCAAUUAAAAAUAUUAACGACAGCAUUUUUUUCUGUAAGUAUGCUUGGAAAAAAAUUGAAUGCAUUAAAGUGGAUCUCACUGUUAUUGCUCACGGCAGGUGUAGCGCUCGUUCAAAUGCCUGCAGAUUAUAAAUCCAACGAUGAAGAAAAGAUAUCCUCAUUUCAUUUGAAUUCUGAUCGUUUAAUUGGUCUUUUGGCAGUUCUUGUGGCAUGUUUCUCGAGUGGUUUUUCUGGUGUAUUUUUUGAAAAAAUUUUGAAAGGCUCGCAUGUUUCUUUAUGGAUGAGAAACUUGCAGCUUGCAUUUUUCAGUUUAUUUGGUGCAGCAUUCAUGAUUUGGCUAUAUGAUUGGGAUAAAGUUGUGGAGAAUGGAUAUUUUCAAGGUUAUAAUGUGGUUAUUUGGAUUGUUAUUCUAUUUCAGGCUUUUGGUGGACUUAUAAUUGCCUUAGUUGUCAAAUAUGCAGACAACAUAUUAAAAGGAUUCGCUGUGUCGCUAUCUAUUAUUUUGUCAAGUUUUAUUUCUUACUGGUUUCUCAAUGAUUUUCAACCAACUUUAACUUUUGUAACUGGAGCGACUAUUGUGAUCAUCUCUACAUUUCUAUAUGGAUAUGAACCAAAGCUAGUUUAA